GCUGACAGGGCCGUCUCCACCUUGCAGGUACAUCGGGGCACUGGGGGCCCGAGUGAUCUGUGACAACAUCCCUGGGCUGGUGAGCCGGCAGCGGCAGCUGUGCCAGCGCUACCCAGACAUCAUGCGCUCGGUGGGCGAGGGCGCCCGAGAGUGGAUUAGAGAGUGCCAGCACCAGUUCCGCCACCACCGCUGGAACUGCACCACGCUGGACCGGGACCACACCGUCUUCGGCCGCGUCAUGCUCAGAAGUAGCCGGGAGGCAGCGUUCGUGUAUGCCAUCUCAUCAGCAGGGGUGGUCCAUGCCAUCACUCGUGCCUGUAGCCAGGGUGAACUGAGUGUGUGCAGCUGUGACCCCUACACCCGUGGCCGACACCAUGACCAACGUGGGGACUUUGACUGGGGUGGCUGCAGUGACAACAUCCACUAUGGUGUCCGUUUUGCCAAAGCCUUCGUGGAUGCCAAGGAGAAGAGGCUUAAGGAUGCCCGGGCCCUCAUGAACUUACAUAACAACCGCUGUGGCCGCACGGCUGUGCGGCGGUUUCUGAAGCUGGAGUGCAAGUGCCACGGCGUGAGUGGUUCCUGUACUCUGCGCACCUGCUGGCGUGCGCUCUCAGACUUCCGCCGCACAGGUGAUUACCUGCGGCGGCGCUACGAUGGGGCUGUGCAGGUGACAGCCACCCAGGAUGGUGCCAACUUCACAGCAGCCCGCCAAGGCUAUCGCCGUGCCACCCGGACCGAUCUUGUCUACUUUGACAACUCCCCAGACUACUGUGUCUUGGACAAAGCUGCAGGCUCCCUAGGCACCGCAGGCCGUGUCUGCAGCAAGACAUCUAAAGGAACAGACGGCUGUGAAAUCAUGUGCUGUGGCCGAGGGUAUGACACGACUCGAGUCACCCGUGUCACCCAGUGUGAGUGCAAAUUCCACUGGUGCUGUGCUGUGCGGUGCAAGGAGUGCAGAAACACUGUGGACGUCCAUACCUGCAAGGCUCCCAAGAAGGCAGAGUGGCUGGACCAAACUUGAACACACGGAUACCUCUCUCCUCCCUUCACUUCAAGCCUCCCGACUCAAAAGCACAAGAUCUUUGCAUGCUCACCUUCCUCCACCCUCCACCUGGGCUGCUACAGCUUCUAUUUAAGGACUUGGAGAGUAACCCAGAAGGACCGUGGUGUCCUGGCUGGCUUCUUAGCCCCAGGAAGGAGUUGGCAGGGGACAUAAGCAGCAGCACCUCCCUGACUUCCCCCUCUGGAGGUCUGGCAGGAAAGUAGAGGAGAUAGGGGGUCUUCAGAGUCAUGUGAGUUGCACUACAGAACCUAGGCGAGGCUCGUUUUUCCUUUCCUUGCACUGGCUUCCUGAUGCUUCCUGGGCGUGCAAGAGGAAGGGUACCUAGAGAGAGCUUCCUUUUCUUUCUGCCUGGCUGAAGUUAGAUGGGACAGGGAUGAGACUGCAUGUCCCUUCCCUGGAGUCAGUUUAAGCAGACUGCCUGGCACCGGAAGAAAAGCUUAGGCUACAACAUUCUUCUAUUAGAGAAAGCCUAAGAUUGCUAGAUGAGAGUUAGCCGUAGUGGAAAGGUUCCAUUCACAGGCUCAGAUGUUUAUCAACUGCUGUGUUUUGUAGGGGGGAAAAAAAUCAGACAAAAACCAUACAAACACACAUUCAUUCAUUCCUCUCCUUUUCAAGCUAUGUCAGACAGCAUUGCCUCUUUUGCUCAGGUGCUGCCUGUUCAAACUGAAGUGGCGUGUGGUGGUUCCCAUGGCUUAACAGAUCAUUAGAACACCCUGGAACACUUAUAAGAUAGAGCAAUUUAGUA